GGGGAGUUUGCGAAGGGCCGGCGGGUCGCAGUGCAGCCGGAUAAUGACAUGAUCCCAAUGCGCUGCACGGAGCAGUAGAGCCCGAGACUUUGCCGUUAGUUACAGCGAGCCGCGUCUUCUGGAUUGAGAGAAUUCCAUAUUACAUAGAACAUAUUACAUAGAACAUAUUACAUACCAGGAGCCGGGAAGAUGUGUCUGCGUCUCCACGCAGCGCUCCUGCUCUUCUGGGUGGAUGCGGCUCUUCUGGAAGGUACUAAGCUGGAGGAAACCCCCCCAGUGAUCAUUGACCACCCUUCAGAUUUGGUCGUAAAGAAGGACCAGCCGGCCACCCUGAACUGCCGCGCGGCGGGGGUCCCGGAGCCCACCAUUGAGUGGUACCGGAACGGAGAGUAUGUGGAAACCAGUAAGGACGACGUGCACCCCCAGCGCUCCCUGCUGCCGGGGGGCUCACUUUUCUUCUAUCGACUGAAGGGGAAAUCUGACGAGGGGGUAUACACCUGCCUGGCCCGAAACCGGCUGGGGGCCACACGGAGCCGCAACGCCUCUCUGUACAUUGCCGCUCUGCGGGAGGAUUUUCGGCUGAGUCCUGCGGACGCGGUCGUGGCUGUGGGGAAUCCACUCGUUGUCGACUGUCUACCACCCAAGGGGUAUCCCGAGCCGACUGUCACAUGGCAGAAAGACGGCGUCGCUAUAAACCUCAACAGCAGCCGCUACACGGUUGCGGCUGGUAAACUCACCAUCGGUCACGUGCUGAAGGCUGAUUCUGGGGUCUACGUCUGCGUUGCUUCCAAUCAAGCUGGGCAGAGAGAAAGCCGAGGCGCCCAAAUCACCGUCCUGGAAAAACCCUUGAUCACCAAGAAGCCGGAGGAUAUUGUGGCCAGGCUGGGGGACGCUGUCCAGUUUGUGUGCGGAACGCAGGGGGCGCGGGGGGUGCGAUGGAGGAAAGAGCAGGGGGAGCUUCCUCAGGGAAGGUUUGAAAUCACAGCUGAAAAUACAUUAUGGAUCCAGCAAGUGACUGUUCACGACUCUGGGACAUAUACCUGCGCGGCAGAGAACACAGCUGGCUCUGUGUCUGCUAAAGCAUUGCUUACGGUACAGGAUCCACUGGACACCGGCCAGACAGAUCGUCAAAAAGAAAUCUACCGGGAUCCAUUCAACGUGCGCGUGCACUUGGAUAACGUAACGGCCCUUCCAAGCUCCUCUGUCUACGUCCAUUGGAAGGUUUUGACUCCUUCUCCGCUCGCCGAGGGGUAUAGCGUUUUUUAUCGCCUCCACUUGCCUAUAGAGUCUGAUUGGACUGAAUGGACUUUGCCGAGGGGCACGCAGUCCAGCACCGUUAUUCCUUCCCUGCGUAGGGGGCAGAGGUACGAGGUUAAAGUCCGACCCUUCGUAGGGAAGAUCUACGGCGCUAGCAGCAAUAUCAAACGCCUCCGGAUUCCUGGAGAAGCUGUGGACGUCCCUCCCCAGAAUAUUAACGUGACGGCUGCCGAGGGAGGAAACGGCACGGUGAUCGUGAGCUGGGAGCCGCCUCCAGCGAGUGCCCACGCCGGGGAAAUUAAAGGCUAUAAGGUUUGGUGCUUUGGGAACGAGACGUAUCAGUCGGACUGGUUUGUGGAUAAGGAAACCAGGAGUCUGGUGAUUCCCACGCUGGUUCCUGGCGUCCGAUACCACGUCCAGGUGGCGGCGAUAAAUGAUGCGGGAAUUGGGACACGGAGCGGACCCAAAUAUGUCUUUAUUGAAGCUCCAGAAGUGACGAAAGCAAAAGAGCUGACGUCGGUGGAUUUGUUCCUCCGCGUGAUCCGUCACCCAGCAUUUAUUGCCACUGCGGGGGGAGUUACCUGGGUCGUGUUAAUGAUGGCUGCUAUCUACGUGUGUCAGCGCCAUUCAAAGCGUUACAGCACCAAAAAGCACAGCGUUUGGGGAAACGGUCUGUACCGCUUCGCAAGCGAAGAUACGAUAAUUAAGCACAGGAUGGACACCAGCGACUCGCCGUGGCUCUCAAACACCUGGAAAUCCACAUCUUGCUCUAGAAACUACAGCAGCACGACGAGCGUGAACAGCCACUUACUGUGGACAGACGCCAAAGAUGCGAACGAUUUCCACAAAUCUACGAUGUCCUUUGAGAGGAGAAGUGAAGGGAGCCGGAGUCAGAUCAUCCCGUUGGGUCCUGACGGCGCCGGCUUGUACGGAGCCCUCUGUGCCGACCUCCCUGGCAGAGACUUGACCACGUUUCAGCGUCCGCAGCUUGGAAAGCAGGUCGGAGCAGCACCGCACAGCAGAGCUCCGGUACCGCUCGGACUCUUCGACCAAACGGCCCUCCCGCAGUAUUUUAAUGUGGUUACUAAUUACAGUGGAGCAAGAAGUAGACAGACGGGGAAACCUGUGCUCCCCGUGUCCCCCAACAUCUUGCAAAACCUCAAAAAAGAGCUCCACCAUGCAAACAGCGCCCCGCUCUCUCCUUUCUGCCAGAAGACACCGCAAAGCAGCGGUGCAGCGAGCGUCGAGCGACUGCAAAUCAACCAAAGCGGUAAAGGUGACUACGCAAAAGUCAUGAAGACGUUCAGCUCCCCCAAAAUCCUUCAGUACACAACGUCACUGAAAGUCAUGGACCUCCUUCCAUUCACUUCUCUCCCGCCACCCCCUAUGCCACCCCCUCAGGAAGACCCCAGCUGUGGACCCUUGGAUGACAAAGGUUCCUCGUAUUCAGCCGCCAAACCUGAAAAUCAGCAGAAACAGAAUAUGAACAAUAAAAGGACCCCCCCGAACAGGUUAAAUGUCAACCGAAUAUCAGCAGCAUCGCUUCCCCUUUCAAUGAACGGGGACAGCGUCCUUACACCGGACGAUGUCGCCAAAUAUCUGGAACUCAGUGAAGGAGAUACCACGGGGCUGGAUUCAGAGUGUGAGUCGAUCUCCUCGGCGCGCACGUACGGCUAUAUCUGCAGCCCGUUGCCGUCCCAUCAAUUGGAUGAAGAUGAUGACCUUGAGAUCGAUGACAUCAAUUCCUUGAAGUCCUAUCGCAAGUACUGCGAAACCCCAACCUCCAGCAUCAGCGAGUACGAGAGCUCCAUGGCCGGGUCUCUUGUCAACGGCUGGGGCUCCGUUUCGGAGGAUAAUUACACCAGCGCCCGGUGCAGUAUGAUCAGCUCCUCAGACGCAUCGUUUCUAAUGGAAGCCAACUUCGCCAAGGCCCUCGCUGUAGCAGUCGACAGUUUUUGUUCCGGGCUGCCCCAGGCGGAGGCCGGAGGAGCCGAGACGGGUUAUACAGAUUUCCCGUCUUCAGCGUCUCCGUUGGACGGAAUUCUGUCCGGACACAAUCACGUCGAUCGCGCGGAUAUUACUAAGACGAGAGCCAAUCCGCUGCCGGUCCUGGACUGGAACAUCGACUGGAUGGACGAGAUGGAGGCCAAGUACAGCCGGAGGACGGAGGCCAAACACUUUCCUUUCAUUAAAAAGAUGGAUCCUUUCAAUUAACUCAGUGA